UCACAACAGUGGCAAACUUCAAUGGGUCAUGAUUACAGGUCAUGGAAAGGCUGAUCUAUUUAUCACUGCUGCUGGUUGGAACUGGACACUUCAAUGUUUUCAAACCAGCACAAACCCUGACACAGUGAUGGUUAUGGCUCAGACACUGGAUCAAUGUAUGCCUGGGAGCAACUCUGAUAUAUACAAAACUAGCUGUUUGUCUUUGAACGUAAACGAAGGAUUCAACAACAUAAAACUGGACACUGCUCAGAACUGCAAAGGCGUAUCCACUCCAGCUGUCAGAGGAAAUCAAUGUGACAAAAAUCUCACUGAUAACAUGUGUAUCAACGUUACAUCAGGGGAGAAAAUGUGUAUCUCCUUGGUAACUAAUGAGAAAGUAAGAAUGAAAUUCAGCUGCAUUCAACAAAACCCAGUCAGUAUCUGUAAUGACACUGAUCUGCAGUUCCACUCAGUAAACAAAACUUGGAUUGAUGCAUUGGAGCACUGUCGGCAAGAGAAUUCCUCCUUGGUUGAAAUCUACAAUGACACAGUCGGUGUUGAAGUUAAAAAUUUGCUGCAAAAUAAAACAGACUCACACACAGGGGUGUGGGUCGGCCUGGAACGAUCCAUUUUUGGCAAAAAUCCUGAAUGGAAAUGGAUUUCAGGGUCAAAGGUUUCAUAUUAUCAGUGGAACAACAGUUUUCCUGUGAACUCCUUAAACAACCACUGUGGAAAGAUCAUCUCGGUUAAUGAGGCAAAAGAAAUCAAGUGGCUGGAUGCAAACUGCCAUGAAAAACUGCCAUUCAUCUGUCAACGUCUGAAGAACAAGACUUGCUUUACUAAAGCAUCUACUCUAAAUCCAGUGCUUUGCAUUGACAUCAGCAAGGACAACAGCAAUCAAUGCUAAUAGGUCAAUCAAGAACAGGAUAUACUACAUCUUCCUUGUCACACUGAGAUGAGAUUGCUGAGGAAACAGAUGAAUGACCCAACAAACCCAGUGUGUAAAUACUCUCUUUAGGCUACUGUUGUGUUUCACAGGAAAACUAUUUUGGAUGUCAUUAUUUUUAAUACUUUGUAUUAUUGUAGGUUCUUUACCUUAAAUUAAAAGGCGCCUUGAGGCAACUGUUGUUGUGAUUUGGCACAAUAUAAUUAAAUUGAAUUGAAAAUUGAAUUAUUUGUGACAGAUUUUAGAAAUGUCAUGAGCCUGGGGUUUUUUCAGUUUGUUCUUUAGUACAUUUAGUUUUGUUCCUAAAAGUUUUUAAAGUUUAAUUCUGGUUUGUUUAAAUCUCUUUACCUCUGUUGUGAACUGCAUACAAAGUUUGUGUUUGUGUUAUCAAACGGAUGCAGAUCUCUUUAGAAAAAUACACACUCACAAGACAAAAUAAAAACAGACUCCUCAAAUUUAAAGCAGAGCAGCUAAAAGCCAUUAAACAACAAUGUUGGGCCUGUUCCAAAAUGUGAAUGCACAUGCUUUGAAAUCAGAGGUCUUGUUGAAUAAUAAUAAUAAUAAUCUACAGAGGCACAAAAACUUUAAAUUAUUGUCUGCUUGAAUAUUAGCCCAGCUCUACUUAUAAAUUUUGAGUCAUUUUUUGUUUGUGCUACUUUUUGAAUGAUCUUGUGCAUUUUUUUGCAAGGGUAAAUUUAUAUGUUUGGUUACUUAAGUAACCAGGGUUUAUUUAUCAGAGCUACAUUAGUAGCUCUGAUAAAUAAGCCUGUUAUGAAACUUUAAAUCAGAAAAAAAAAGAGUUUACCUAAGUGCAGACAGCUUUAUUUUAUCAUUUGUAGAUUAGUAGUAAUUAAUCUUGUAUAGGUUGAUUGGCUCGUUUUAAAUCUGUGCACUGUUUUUGUAAUUUGUUUAUUUUUUUAUUUUUGUAAUAUAUCUCUGAUUCACUUUUUCUUGCUGACCUUUGUGCUCCUGUAACUGUGAAUUUCCCCAAUUGGUGAUUAAUAAAGUCUGUGUCCAUGCCCAA